ACUGGUGUGGAGGUUAGUUUGUUUUUGCCAUUUAGAUCCAAAACAUCAGGUAAGAUCGUUUGCGAGUGCGAGUGUUCUGCACGUUGGCCCCAGAGACUUGUGAGCUGCAACUCCGAGCUCUAAAACGCAAAACUGCCCAGAAUAAGGCAGAGCCGGCGGCGCACUCUUCGGUUUCUCAUCAAAUCGUAUAAACUAUUAGGGACAUGUUUGCCUACAUUCUGGCAUCAUUGUUAAUAUGGUUUCUGUGCUGGUGGAUACGAGACAGACUUAAGCUUGAAAAGUUCUCAGACAAGUACGUGUUCAUCACUGGGUGUGACACUGGUUUUGGAAAUCUGGCUGCGAAGGCCUUUGAUAAAAUUGGAUUCUGGGUAUUUGCUGGGUGCCUAACAGAGGAAGGAGCUCAAGGCUUGACAAAAGAAACUUCAAGCAGAUUGAAAACAAUCCUGCUGGAUAUCACAAAGUCAGACAGUAUUGAAAAUGCAGUGAACCAAAUCAAACAGGAGGUGGGAAACAGAGGUCUUUGGGGCUUGGUAAACAAUGCUGGGAUAGUUGGUACACUUUGCCCCACGGAUUGGUUAAGAAUUGAACAUUUCAGAAGACCUAUUGAAGUUAAUUUAUUGGGACCUAUAGAAGUAACAUUAAAAUUGCUGCCACUGAUUAAAAAAGCCAGAGGAAGAAUUGUGAAUAUAAGUGUUCUUGGUCGAUUAGCUUUGAGUGGUGGAGGAUACUAUAUAUCAAAGUUUGGGAAUAGAAGCUUUCAUGAUAGCUUAAGGCGUGAUAUGAAGAGCUUUGGAAUAAAAGUUGCUUGUAUUGAACCUGGGACUUUUGAAACCAGAAUGACCAACUGUGAUGUACAUCGUCAUGAAAAGAAAUGCCUCUGGGAUAACCUCCCAUCUGAUGUGAGAAAACAAUAUGGAGAAGAUUAUUUAAUACAAUCAGACAUCAGACGGGAGAAAGCAGUGAAAAUAUUGUCAAGUACAGACCUUUCCCUGGUGGUGUGGUGUAUGGAACAUGCUCUGACAGCUAAGUACCCAAGGACUCGGUACAGUGCAGGCAUUGAUGCAAAACUACUAUGGAUUCCUAUGACAUAUUUGCCAACAUUUAUAGCAGAUUAUCUGCUAACUGUGGAUACAAUAAUUGAUCCAAAUGCUGUGUAAAGGAGUCUCACUCCAUCUUCAGUAUGAAUGUCAUUUUAGUAGAAGCAUUUAUACAAGAAGGACCCUAAGCAAAUUGCACACAAUUUGAGAUGUAUUUGUCUGCUGCAGGAACACAAGUGUUUAUGCCAUUGUUAUUGUAUUGUUGGACUUUAUUCAUGUGUGAAUAAAGAAUCUGUUCUCAAAAGGAAGUAAAUCACUGUUAGUACAGGAUGGUUUACAUCUGGAUUGUUUGAUGAAGAAAGAAAUAUUUGCAUUUAUAUAACAUCUUUCAUGUCAUCCCAUGGAUAGCACUACCAAUGAUACUGUAGUGCAGCAGCAUCAUCAUACAUUUUUAUGCUCAAGUUGCUGGAGUAGGACUUGGACCCACAUCCUUCUGACUCAGGUGAAAGAGAUGCUCCACAGAGCUGAAGCGGGCUGUGUAAAUGUGGCUGAUAAAGGCACAGAGCAGAACAUUUUAAUCAGACCUCAAAGAAAUUUCCCAACUACCAAAGGCUGUUAGAGCUGAAAUGGACAGAAUAGCCUGAAUUACCUCUUGCUUGUUGCAAAGUUUUAUGAUAGCAUGAUUCUUUCAAAUGAAAGGAAUAAUUAUUUUGCACCAAUCUAAAGCAACAUUUGAACUCGUGUUGCUUAUAUCAUGAUGGGAAUAAAGGGAAUCCAAUUUUUCUCUCUCCAAUUUGUAUGGAUACUCCCGAUCUCUAAUUAGUUUCCCAGUGUAUUACUCCAGCAGAACUGUAUAAGGAUACUACUUUCAUUGAUAAAUUCUCUCUUCCUGUUCUUGCAUCUACCUUGUAAAAUAGUUUCUAAAGUGACCUUAUACAUGGAAUGUGAUAAAAGUUGCUGCUCUUACAUGGGAUGCAAACAUCCCACAUGGAUUAAUGCAGCAUACGAGUUAUAUUCGAUUAGAAAAAUUAACACUUUAAUGGACCAUUUUACUCGUAAGAAUGGUUCUCUAGAUUCUGAUCAGGGUAACUUGAUUAUUGUACUUGCAAGUAAUAGUCGUACUUAAACAGUGAAAAAGGCAACUUUUUGAGAUCCUCAAAAUAUAUUUAGCUUAACAAAAUCAACUUAUCAACAAUUUGA